GGCGGCGGGAGCGCAAUUAGCAAAGAGCCGCAUUGUUGGAGAAAUCGUGAGUGUGUCGUAAUUUAAAAAUGCACGAAAGCAGGUACUGGGCAUGCGUAAAAAGCAGGAAGAACUGCGCGCUUGUCACGUGAUCAGUUAUAUGACUUCCAUGACGAAGAGAGAUAUUCGUUGUUUCGUUGAUGACGGUGACAUAAAAGUCGAACCAUUAGCAUUGAAGAAUCGGAGAAGAGUCUUAUAUGGCAGCUAAGGUAGAAGCAAGAAGCUACUAUGGCUGUGACGUUCGCCAUUUUGGCAUGGCGUCAACCUUAAAGCGUCAACCGAUGUAAAUCAACGGUCAUUUCAAGCUAUGGUCACGUUUACGUGUUGCUGUAGCUCAAAUUACGAUUUGUUUGAAAUACUGACAAGCUAAAAUGAGUACUUUUUAAUUCCUCUUUAAAUAAUUAUUAAAGAAAUAACAUAGUUUUAACUAAUUUGGCAAAAAUGAAGUUAAAGAAAAUAUUAGAAACGAGUUUUACUUUACAGCCCAAAGAACCAAAUCAAAAGCUUGAAAUAUAUAAAUGUAAAUAUUGUGGGCAGACUUAUGCACGUCAUAUAACACGAAUGAGCGUGCAUUUACUUAAGUGCAGUGGCUGUCCGGGUGCAGUGAGAGAGUUGCUUGAAGAAAAAGUUAAAGCUAAAAUUCUGGAGUCGUCCAAACAUGGAUUUAAUAAGAAGGGACAAGUGAGGAAUCUUAAAAAGAUUCUGGAGGAAAAUUUUGUCCUGCAGCCGCGAAAUGGAACCCAAAAGCUGGAUAUUUUUAAAUGUAAACAUUGCGAACAGAAGUACGCACGUAACGCAUCCAGAAUGAGCUUGCACUUACAAAAGUGUUCGGACUGUCCAGAAGAAGUCAAGGAUUAUCUUGAAAUGAAUGUUAAAGAAAAUAUUGUUCAUAAGGUGUGCAGAAAGUUGAUACCGAAAAAAUUGUUGGAAAGUAGUUUUAUAUUGCAGCCAAAGGAACCAAAUCAAAAGCUCCAGACAUUUAAAUGUAAAUACUGUGGACAAAUAUAUGCGAGACACUCUACGAGAAUGAGUAUGCAUUUACAAAAAUGUAUAGGAUGUCCGGGAACUAUAAAAGAAUCGCUUUUAGAGACUGCAAAAUUUAAAAGGGAGCAGCGCAGAAACGAGCUAAAUUUGAAGAGAAGAAAUUCGGAGAGCGAAGAAGCAAUGAGCGAGGACGAAAAUAAUUUCGGCACGAUUCAGGUGCCCUCGGAGAACGUAUACUUUAAUGACUCAGCGAAUGAAAAUAACUUUAUCGACAGAAUGUCGAAGCAAAGGCAAAAGUAUUGCGAAGAGUUACUCGCAAAGGCAAUUUAUGCUUCUAAUGCACCAGUCAGCAUUGUAGAUAACGAUCAUUGGCGUACGUUGCUCAAUACUUUGAGUCCAGCUUUUCAAUUACCGACUCAGCAGCAGCUUUCAACGUGCCUGCUCGAAAGAACAUACGAAAAUGUCAAAAAGAGCGUUGAUCAAAAAGUAAGGGACGCGGUUUCGAUAGGAUUGCAAUGUAGUUAUAGGUCGAAUGCAAGAAACGAAGGAAUUAUUCAUUUUGUGUUAAGUACACCGGAUCCCGUGCUUUAUAAAUCAAUUUCAUUAUCUACAAAUGUAGAGGAUGAAAACUUGUAUCUAGAGAAGAUAAGUGAAGUGAUCGAUGAAGUUGGUGCCGAAAGAGUUUUAGGUGUUUGCUUGGACAGUAUAUCAACUUGCGAAAAUCUUUGGGAACUACUGCAGCAGAAAUACGAAGAGCACAAUAUUUCAUUUUACAAUUGUUCUUCGCAGACUUUAAAUCAUUUACUUAAAGAUAUGUCCGAAUUGCCAGUUAUUAGCGUUUUGUUAAAGAAUGCUUCGAGUAUUGUGAAGGAAAUAAAACAAUCGCAUGUAUUGUCGUCGUUAUUGAGCGAGGCUCAAAAAGCUUCUACCGAGAAGAAUCAGAAUAUUCUGUCACUGAAAUUGCCAGGGAUAAAGAGGUGGAAUCCUUCUUUAAUGUGCCUAGACAGUUUGCUCGAAAAUAAAGACAAUUUGCAAUAUCUUGCCUUCUCAUCGAAAGGCGAUAAGUACAUAAGCAAGGUAACAAAAGAAUUAAUUUCAGACGAGGAGUUUUGGGCAAAAAUAAACAGUUACAUUAAGCUCAUUAGACCAAUUAUUAAGUGGAUUGCACAUUUAGAUGACGAGGAAGCAAAAAUUAGCGAAGUUCCUGAAAUAUUUGUCGAUUUGGAGCAACACUUUAUCACAGAAUUUCAAGAACCUUCGCUUAUACUUUUAUCGAUUGAAGAAUCCGAUCAGAUUUUAAAACGAUUCAAAACACUAUCCUCCACAGUACUACAGCCAAUACAUUUUGCUGCAAAUAUAUUAAAUCCCUUAUUCAAAGGUGAACAUCUAAGUUCGUCCGAAUUUGUUCAAGGAACAGAAAUUAUAAGUAAAUUAUCAAUAAAAUUUGGAAUGCCAGAGGACGAUAUACUUAUUGAUUUAGCAAAUUAUAAUUCCGGCAAAGGAGUGUGGAGUGUAAAUUUCGUUAAAAAAUCAAUAGCUCUGAUGCCUCCAUCUACUUGGUGGAAAGGAUUUUUCAAAAAUUCUUUUUUAACUAAAGUGGCAGCUUCUAUUUUAGAUCUUCCAAGUACGUCAAUAGCAACUACCGAUAGGUCGAACAAAAGAAAUUCUUUGAAAGACGAUCCUACUGGAAAAAUCAUGUACAUAAGCCAGAACCUUAGAUUAUUAGAUCCUAAAAGAAACGAUAAAAAUAACAAAUAUCAAGAAGACUCUCAGGAAAGAAUCGAAGAAGAAUUCAUGAUCGAAGACAUCGAAGUUUAUAACGAAGACAUUGAAGAAGUUCUUGUCGAAGAUCCCGAGCAGACCAUCGAGGAAGCAGAAGUUAUUACUGGUGAUUCGGAAGAAAUACGCGAAGAAGCUAACGAAGAGCAAAAUACUGGAUUAUAUAUUCAGAUUGUUAAUGAUGCAGGUGAAACAUUCUAUGUACAACAAAGUGUUCCAUUAUAAAAAUAAUCUUAUUGUACUUGACAUUAUCAUGAUAAUGAAUUCUUUUAAGGAAAAAUCACAUCAUUCAUAAUUUUAGAUUACUAU